UUCUGCUCUAGAGACCGUAACAUACUGUAUUUAAACACUUUUCCUUCUUUGAGAAAAACAGUAUAAAAGUAUCCUUAUUGCAGUUAUCAAGAUAAAAUAUGUCUGGUCCGUUAAAAUGGAUUUUACUACUUAUUGUAGUCACAGUACGUGCCCAAGAGCCACGUCGCCGAAGUUAUUCGCUGUGUCCAAACGACUAUUUACAUCAGCAAAAACUUGAAAUCGAUAAAUUAGAUUGUACCGGUAAUAAUAUCAAGAUGAAAAAAUUUGAUUCUAGUGAGAGCGGUCCUUUUUGGGCAAACCGAGGAAAAAAAGAUCCAGUUUAUAUUCGGGAACCAUUGUUUGCAGAGGAACCGGGGUAUGCAGAGGAACCGUACUGGAUGGUUGUAAGAAGCGAUAAUCAGGAAGAACCAUUUUUUGUCUCUAGAGGUAAAAAGGAGAACGGAUUUAUCAGUGGAAAUUUGAGAGAAACUAGAGAGUUUUUACAGGAUAAUGAUGUCCCUUUUUUUGCAGCUAGAGGUAAAAAAUUCAAAAUCAAGAAUUGAUUUUAUCCAUUUUUUAAAUUUAUAUUUUCAAAUAUUAAUAGUAUUAAAAAGAACUUGUCUUUCACAAAUUUUGUGUAUUAAUAAUUUCAUUAAAUCUAUUCUAAGUA